AUGCUCCCGACAAUGUGUACCACGACGGACAAAAUACCAGGGCGCCGACUAGGCAACGACGUAGAGCUGCAGGUUCACGCGGUCCUUGCACUAUCUGGGUUGGUGGAAGUACUAAGGUCUCGAGUGUGGGGACUGAUCACCCAGUUAAGGCAUGAUUGCUCCAAAGUUAUCACUGAGGCAGCAUUGAUGACUUCUCUGAAAGUUGAAGAAGGCCAUCAGCGGGACCCAACAGCAUCUAUAGAAGAGCGUCAAAUAUUGGGGAAUGCCUACGAGCCCUUGAACGAAGACCCCGGUCUGCACAAGCAGCCGAAGGUUCAGCAGCGGUCAAAACAUCCAGAUGCGCAUCAACUUAGCGUUGCGUCCCAAUUAUUUGGCAGGGAGGAGAGUUCGGUGACGGAGAGUGGGGCGUCGCGGGAACACCAACAACUCGAACAGGAUCACCCCCUACAGCAGCAAGACGGGAAAGAUAAGCAGCUGCAUCAAGGCAAUAAUUACGAUGCAUACCUCGUACAUCUGCUCUCUGCCGAGGCCCAGAAAACUUUGGCUGGGGAGACUUCAAGGCGGCUCCACCCUCAGGUUAAGCUUGCUCGUGAGCAGCCAUUGGCCAGUGGCGGUCAAAACGAGAUUCCUGUAACCACUCACCGGAACACGCUUCACAGCCUUGUCCUGGAUGAACAAAAACACCAAACUGUCGGAGCUCUAGCUGUAGGAGAAUUAGGGAGAGCAGCACUCAACAUGGUAAGACCAACUGCAGAGGAAACAACUCCCGCGUCAUUGCUUGUUGGGCAAGCAGCAGCAGCGAGGCUGCCAGCAGCAACAACGCAACUCCAGUGGAUUCGUGAGGCCCUGAUUUUGCUGCGAAGAAUUGAUGAUCCACAGCAUGUCCAACUGCAGCGCCGGAAAAAGGCAGCCAUGACUGCAGGAGCAUUCGUCGCUUCCCCUUCGCCAACCCAACCUGCAGGAAGCACAUUUUUUCCAGAGGACGGAGCUGAUGCUUCUGCGGCAGUCUGCUCAGGUUCAUACAAAUGCGUUUUGCCGCCUCCCUCUACCAGCAGCCGCUUGUUGUAUGUGAUGUGGAUUGGAGUGGGUGGGGGCCCUUGGGGUGGACGAUCAAAUACGUGGUUUAACCAUAGGAGGUAUGCCUCAAGUGAAGAAAGCGACAAAUCGCCAGUCAUGAGCAAAGAAAUCGCUUUAGAUGCUCGCAAAGCUGGAAACUGGGAUGCAUUGCAAGUAUCAAUGAGCCAAUAG